AUGGCAGCGGCCUCGCUAAACGUCAAAAUUUCGUGGGACUAUAUAGCCUUGAACAUCGGAACUAUCGUUGGGGCAACAAACGCAGGAUAUGGCAAGACGAGCCUAUUGAAAUUCAGCUAUAUAGAACCAAGUGUGAUAGUGCACGCGCUUUGCCAUGCCGGAAAUGUGGCAUCAAUGUCUGCGAGCCUCAACACCCUGAAAGUUGCUUCGUACUCAUACCGGUUGAAUCAGGAAUGCCGGUACUAUCCCCGCGAGCCUCCACUAGCAGGCUAUCCUAAACGCCGGCCACAUCUCAACAGCCCUUUUCAGAAUGAAAACAUAAUAUGUCUUUGUCCCGACUGUGACGCCAAAACGGAAUCUGAAGAAAUCCAGGGCAAUUUCCUAAACGAGCUUUGUGACUGUGACAUCUACACACGCUGGAUAUGCCACAAAUGCGCCGGGGAAGAAGAGGAGUUCACGCGGGACCAUUAUGCCAAUAAUACGGCCCACGAAUGGGAUGAGCAACGAUGGAAGGAUGGCGAGGGCAAAACGAAAAUGAUGAUUGACCACCAGCAUCCCAUAAUGUUCUUCUGCCCGUGUGGUGCUUACGUCCCCACAGACACUCGACCACGAUGCACGUGGUGUAAACGGAGACAUCUGCCAGAGACUGAGUGGAGUCAAGAAUUUGUGGAAGUGGGUUCUAAGAUGCCCAUCUUCGACAGUGAUCCGUGCUAUCCACCGUAUGUCGGAGACACUACUGCAGCAGAUAUUUGGAGCGACCUCGGGCGACCCUAUCCGCCGCUCCAGUACGAUGGCCCAAUAUGGGAGGUGCCUUGGCAGCGUGGAUGA